AAAUGCUUAGAAUUGAAGCAUCGAAAAGAUGGGCACUGAACUUCGAACUGAUUCCACUGACUACAGAACCGAGCUUCUUUCCCCAACAAUAGCUGUAGAGAAUGUGUCAAUGGCUAGGCAACCAUCAUGGAGGAUCAACAUGGACGAACAUCGGUUGCCAGAAAGGCGUAUGGAGUCUCAUUUUGGCUUUGGAUUCUUCAUAAGGACACUAAAGAGACAAAGGAAACUUGCUGAGUAUUACAAGAAGCAGGAAAGGCUUCUUAAAGGGUACCAGGAAGUGGACUCAUACACUGACUUGGGCAUGUUACCUGGAAAUUUAACAGAGGAUGAGAUGAAGGAGCUUGAAAGGAGUGAGAAGGUGGCAAUUUAUGCAUCUAACAUUGGGAACAUGGUGCUAUUUGUAGCAAAAGUGUAUGCUUCCAUUGAGAGUAGAUCCCUGGCUGUUAUUGCAUCAACUCUGGACUCUCUCUUGGAUCUCUUGUCAGGAUUUAUACUUUGGUUUACUGCUUAUGCUAUGAGCAAACCGAAUCAUCAUAAAUACCCCAUUGGCAAGAACCGGAUGCAACCUGUGGGUAUUGUUGUCUUCGCAUCAGUCAUGGCAACUCUGGGAUUACAAAUAUUAUUUGAAUCAGGAAGGGAAAUCAUCACAAAGGCUCAACCUGAGAGGGAUCCAGUGAAAGAAAAGUGGAUGAUAGGGAUUAUGGUGACAGCCACAUUGGUAAAAGUUGCGCUUAUGACUUAUUGUCGCAGGUUCAAGAAUGAAAUAGUGAGGGCCUAUGCUCAGGACCAUUUCUUUGAUGUCAUCACAAACUCAAUUGGUCUAGCCACUGCAGUACUAGCCAUCAAAUUCUACUGGUGGCUUGACCCUGUUGGGGCCAUCCUGAUAGCUUUAUAUACAAUCAGUAACUGGGCAAAAACUGUGAUGGAGAAUGUAUGGUCACUGAUUGGGAGAACAGCCCCACCAGAAUACCUUGCAAAGCUAACAUAUCUUUGUUGGAACCAUGACAAGGAGAUAAAGCACAUUGAUACUGUGAGAGCCUACACAUUUGGGUCCAAUUACUUUGUGGAGGUAGACAUUGUGGUAUCAGAAGAAAUGUCACUAAAUCAAGCACACGACAUUGGAGAGACACUUCAAGAUAAGCUUGAAAAACUCCCCGAAAUUGAGAGAGCCUUUGUUCACAUCGAUUUGAACACAACUCAUAGGCUGGAGCACAAGCCCAAGGUGGUGUAGAAAAUUAUUAGGCAAUGAUUGCUAUGAAUUUGGUUGGCAUAUAGAUUUUCUUUUGUGCUUUUUGUGGAUUAUUGUCCUUGUGAAACAAAACAAAAAAAAAAAAAACAAAAUCUUUGGAUUUAACUUGGAUAUUCAAUCUCGGGUAGCUAUGGAUAACCAAUAUAAGAGAGGGACCAACCCAUAUAUUAGAAGUAGGAGUGAGAAUUACAAUAUUCACUUCAUGUACUCACGUACCUAGGUUCAGCUUUAGCCUAGUAGUGGCGUUGGAAUAGUAUGUUUGAUGUGUUGUAGA